GAGGCAAUCACGCGUUCACCUCCCUACAAACACUCAUUUCUGUGUCUCAGGAUGUCCAGAAAGGCUUUCUAAGUAGGCGGCUCUAUAUGAUUUGAGACGCAGAUUCUGACUGAACGAUGAUUGGCUUAAACUUUGGAGAGUCUUGUAACUUUUGUCAAGUUAUUGUUAGACAUGUAGCUAAAAGUUAAGGGAGAGCGAGCGCGUUUACAGGUCAAUGGUUCUUACCCAAAACGACGACAUUUUCUCCGGAAUGAUUUCAGCUAAUCAUAAAAGUAAAGUAUCCUCCGAUGAAGAUGACGAUGACCACGGCUCACGGUCAGUGCGGACGCAAAGCCUCCCGUUCAGCGUCGAUGCCCUGAUGUCGACAAACGGAAGGAGCGAGUCAACUUCACAGGAAUCAAAUUCUAUGCCAAGCAUCAUAAAUCAAGAUGAUCGAUCAGUACAUUCAGAAUCUGUGGAUUUCACCAAACGAUGUGAAUCUGUUAAAGAGGACUCUUCGUGGAUCAAUAAGCCAAGAUUGUCAACAUCACCACGCUCACAGAGUCCCACAGUAUGCCCUCUCCGAAAGCAACAAGACAACCGCAAACCCCGGACACCUUUCACCACUGCUCAGCUCUUGGCCCUCGAGCGGAAGUUCCGUCAGAAGCAAUACUUGUCAAUCGCUGAACGUGCUGAGUUUUCCAGCUCUCUCAGCUUGACUGAGACACAGGUGAAGAUCUGGUUCCAGAACCGAAGAGCGAAAGCCAAACGACUGCAAAGCAAGCUGGAGAGGCUCAAAAUGACCAGCAAACCCAUUUUACAUCCUGGCCUUACUUUACCGUUUCCACUCUGUACACAACCUCAGACUGCAGCUCUAUUUUGUGGACUCUUUCCUUUCAGCAGACAUAUGCUGCCUUUUGCACCAAUAGGAAUAUACUCCACACCGAUGGGUUACAGAAUGUGUCCUCUCUCCAAAGACGGCUACGCGGUGGAGCCAGUCUAGAGGAGCUUUUCUUAACUAUUCGUUUAUUCUGCUGGACAUAUUGACAUUUUUAUAUUGGCACACCAAACAUGGGGUGUCAUACAAUUUUUUAUAAAUAUUUUGUAUUUCAUUUUUUUUAUUUUUAAAUCCAACUUUACUUUGGAAGCUACAGUACAAAGAACUAACGAACCUACUUUGAGGUUUGCUGAUCUUAAGUGUCACAAAAUGUAAUGCCAUUCUGCCAUUUUGGUUUAAAAUAUCAAUCUUAGUGUGACUUUGAAUCACACUACUGAAAAAAACUUAGAAAAAUUAUUAUUUUACCAAAUAGGUUUCUGGAAUAAAGCAUAGCUGUGUAAGGAUUCAGAAUUCAAGUGUGUUUCUGAAAAGCAGAUGUAAUAUUUUAUAUUUUACAUUUUAUGUUUGCAUUAUUUUCUAUUUGAUUUACAUAAUUUGCAAGAUUUUUUGUAUCCUAAUUGGAAAUUUUAAUGAAAGAACUUUAAAGAUUAAACCUUUUAUGCUCAGAUUUGAGAUGUGAGUGUUUUAGGGAAACAUUGGAGGAGAUCAGCUCACCCUUUUAAAGCCGCAUGAUUGCUAAUGCUUUUUAAAUUGAGCUGCUGAAAAGAGGCUUUUAAGCGUCCCUGCUCAUAAUCAAUAGAAAUGUUGGUCGACCUCUUUAUGCUGGUGGGUCCCAGGAAAGUUAAUUAAACGGUGUCCAUUACAUGACGCACUAAAACACUGCGUCAGUCGCGCAGAUAUUCCAGCUCUUAAAUCUCGCUGUGUGCUUGACAAGGAAUGUGUCAACUUGAUGCAUUUCCAAAACGAUCUUAAGAAAUGUAGUUGCUUAGAAUUCAUGAUCGAUUAAUUGGCUUUGUUGUACAGCUGACUUUUCCAUUGAAUUAUCUAUAAUCUGCUCCAAUUACUGUAUGUACGUGGGGUAUCUACACAGUAAAAAUAGGCCAAUAUAAUAGCCCCCUUCAGUAACAGUCCCUCAGCCGGAGUGAAUUGAACACAACUGCUUAUUCUCCAUAGACACCAACUGUGUCUUAGCAUGUCCCUCGGUACCAGAAAACAGAUAGGUCUUCUCCGCAUGGUCUCCCCUUUAGAAAAUACCCUUGGCUUUGUAUUGCGUUUUGACUUUGAGCCUUAACUGAUCGUGAAUGCCGAGCUCUAUGUCAACCAGACCCUUUACUAAUUAUCCUUACCCUCCAAGUUUAACUGCACUAGUGUGAAAUGGUGUAUGUUAAGACCUCGGCGAUAAAAAACAUUACAUGAUUGGGUUCACCUUCUUUUGCUCACUUAACUGUGGCAUUGUCUGGCACCGGCUAAGUAUUUCUUGUUACUCUACAACCAUGUUACAAUUAGCAGUCAUUUCACAGUCCAUUUCUGUCUCUUUGUUUUUAAAACAAGCUGCAACAUUAGUUUGAUAAGAGAUCUUUCUGUCGCACAAAAUUGACUUUUGGCCUGAGAGGGUAGUUUUACUCCUUUUUAAUUGAAACAUU